GCUGUCAAACACCAUUACAGAGAGUUUCGAGUGUUGGACUUGCCGUCGCAGACGUGAACUCACGCAACGCUAUUUCACAGCAGUAAUUGACCUUUCUCUUUUCGUGUUUAUAUUGAAAAAAAACCCUGUCAUCGAAAAUCCUUUUUGUUUUUGCCGUCAUUUGUAUGUGCAUCACAACCGCAAAAUCGCACUGUUCUUGUACACACCGUCCAGACCCCUCUCCCCCUCCCCCCCCCCCCUCCCUCGCCACUGCUUUAGUUAUUAUUCAUCUCAUGCUUUUAUUUGCCUUAUUGAAGCACAUCUACGUACCCACCCACACAAAACUGCCUGAGCUUUAUUUUUCCUUUUCCUCCUUUUUAGUAAGUGCGAAAGGUUGUCGCUCUAUUUGAUUUACAGAUCUUUGUUUUUCUUCUUGUCGUUUUAAGUUUCACCUUCACGGAGACACGCAGCUGAGAACACUGUCUCGCUGGAAUCCUAGUGGCAAGUAGACUUUCUGUAUAAAGUGUGGCAGAAUCUUAAGAAAACCUAACUAUUUCCUCUACUACCUUUUUUUUUGAAGUUAAACUGCAGCAAAAGUGUAUAACGUGUGCAAACGUGAAACGUCUAGACGUCGAGUCUACCCAUUCGAUAAAUAACCCUGUAAGUCUGUCGCAUCAUCCGGGAGGUGAUGGAUGUGAACUGCAGCUCGCCAUCUUCGUUGUCUGCAGCCAAAGCACUCCUCUUUUUUCCCUUUUUUUGCUUUCCUCAUUCACGGGUCAACAAGUAACACAGAUUUACAUCUACUACUGUUUUUACUUCUUUCUUUCUCCACGUACGGCUUUGAGAAGCUACGGCGGCGGUGUUUUUUUUUCCUUUUGUAUAAACAACUGCAAAUAUAUAUAUAUAUUUGCUGACGUAUCUGUCGUGGUUCGUGCGUGACACAAGACGGAGGCUUUUUUUAGCCGUUGGGCUUACAAACACCUUAGCAACGCCAAAUAAGGAUAUAGUGACACCUCUUUCUUCCAUUUAAGAAAACUGUUUACUCUCUCGUGCUCUCUUUAUAUUAUAUUUAUUCUGUUCACUGAUGGAAAUGCUGCGUAACGACAGGCCGACACAACAGGAGAACGCCUCCUUCGCCUCUACCGCUUUCCUCCCUUUGCCGAACAACGCCCCUUCCUCCUCGAACAAAAACCCAGCCGUCCCGUUCGCCGGCACUGACGGCGCGCUGGCAGGCCCAACGGCGCCGCAGCCGGAAGAACCUGUAGCGCAGCCGAGCGCAGACGUGGUGGUGGUGGCGCCGAAUGGCCCCCUUCAAGGCAAUGAUAUCUCCACUGCGCUGCGUCUUGCCGUCCCACCGCCUCCAUCACUGUCCUCACAACUACCACCACCACCACCGCCGCAGCAGCCGUCGCCGCUGCAAUCGCCGCUGCGCAGUCGCCUCCACCGCGAAGAACACACAGAGCACUCCGGCUCCUCCCUCGACUCAGAGGACCAUUUCAUCCCUCCGCGCACAGCAGGCCGUGGGGCAUCUCGGCUCAACGAGAGAGCGUCACCGCCACCACAGCAGAGCGACGGUGACCUUCACAGCGACCACCUCGCCCAUGCCACCUACCAUCACCGCGAAGCCCACCCGAAGGAUGAGUUCGCCAUGACCAGCCCCAACAUCAACCCACCGCAAUCAAAGAAGUUUCAAAGAAGCCCGGCAAGCCUGCUCGCCGCGUUCAACCGUCAGAACAUCAAGGUGACAGUGGUGCCCAUCAUCUGCGGCCUCAUCUCCGGCUACUCGAUCACCCUGGUGCCCGUGUACACGCAGCUGUUUGUGACCGGCACGAACUGCGCCCUCUACACGGCCCAGAAGGGGUGCGAGUCGGUGCCGUUCGCGGACUGCAUGUGGCGCACCGCAACGGUGACGCUGGACGACGGCACGACGCAGUCGCUGAACUACUGUGGGUGGCUGUCGAUCACGUGCCGCGCGACGUACCCGAACGAUGGGUGGAUGGGCGGUGGUGGCAAUACGACGCUGGCGGAGAUGCGGUGCCUGCAGGACAGCCGGUGCACGUGGUCGUACAGCGCGAAGGAGUGCCAGAACCCGAACGGGUUCUCACCGAAGGAGCUCGCCAUCUUUGCCGGUUCGAUGAUUGCGGGUAACGUGUUCGGCGCAUUUCUGGGCGGUCCGCUGGUGACGCAUAUAGGCGCUCGGCUGACGUUCAUCGUCAGCGGGCUUUUCAGCGUUGUCACGAGCAUCAUGGGUCACUUACACGCGUCCUUGAAUGACUUCUGGGUGCUUGCCUCCAGCCGUUUUGUGCUGGGCAUCUUCAUGGGCCUCAUCACGGUGGCCUGCCCCCUCUACGUUCAUGAGAACGCGCUGCCGAGGUAUAAACAGAAGAUUGGGUUCAUGUUUCAGAUCUUCGGUACGACGGGCAGCUUACUUGCCGGUUUUAUCAGCGUAGGGGAGGGCGAAUCGAUUGACUACGCUGCGAAUGCAAGUCAGCACAUCUCUGCGCGCAUGCAGGGCAUCACGGCCGGUCAGACUCUUCUGGCAAUUCUCCUGUUCUUGCUCGGCGUCUUCUGCGCGGACUCGAAGGUGAAGUUUAAGAAAGGCGUUGAGGGUGCGUUGAAUCAAAAUGAGUACAGUUAUUGGAAGAUGGCACCGCGGCUGAUGAUGGUCAUCGCGAUCAACGCCUCGUUUCGUUUUACUGGAUUCAACGCACUUACGAAUUUCGCACCGAAGCUGAUGUCGAGCUUCAACGUGGCACCGUUCCUCGGCGUUUUCUUUACCUUGGUGGUCAAUUUCGUUGGCGCAGUGGCCUCCCUGCCCGCCAGCCUCUUCGUGUCACCGAAGACACUUUUCCUGUUCGGCUCGUGCUUUAUUUCGUGUAUGUGCCUCUUCCUGUGUGGCAUUCCCGUGUACCCCGGCGUGGCCUCCGCCUCCGUGACGAACACCUGCGCCGUGGUGGGCAUCUGUCUCUUUAUUUUUGCUUUUGAGCUCUUUGUGGGCCCCAGCUUCUACGUCAUAUUGCAGGAGAUCUUUCCGCCGUCGUUCCGUCCCCGCGGCAACUCCUUCGCGCAGCUGUGGCAGUUCUUCUUUAAUCUGGUGAUCAACGUGUGCUACCCGAUUGCUGUGAUCGGUUUUUCUGGUGGAGAAGAGGGCGAUCAGCACAAGGGGCAGGCCAUCAUUUUCAUCUUCUUUGGAGCAUUGGGUCUUGUGCUGUUCGUGUACGAGUUCUUCUGCUUGGAUUUGUGGGACAGCGAAGCGGCGGAGGCGGAGCGGAAGCCGGAUGCAUCGAAUGCGCAGGGAGAAACACCGGCGUUGAACGAUGGUGGUGCCUCCGGUGGUGGUGCUACUGAGCUGGUGGCCGUCGCGGCACCUACGACACAGAUGACGGACCUGGAAAGCAGUUCGGGCGGCAACGGAGCGUAUCUUGAGCGGGACUUGGACCUGCAGGAGGUGGACGCACGUGUUUAA